CGACUACGACGGCCCGGGGAGCGCACGGAGGCGGCGCCUGAAGCGGCGGCGGAGCCGAUGCCCCGGGACGGCGGGCGGGCCCGGAGAGACGAGUCCGGGGCCCGGGGCAUGUCCCCGGGGCCCCCGUGAGGAGGCGGCCGCGGCGGCGAUGGAGAUCCCGCCGCAGGAGGCGCCGCCCGGGCCGGGCGCGGACGGCGAUGCCGAGGAGGCCCCCGCCGAGGCCCGGUCUCCCAGCCCCACGUCGCCCCCGGCCGACGGACGCCUCAAGGGAGCGGCCAAGCGCGUCACGUUCCCCUCGGACGAGGAUAUCGUGUCCGGAGCGGUGGAGCCCAAAGACCCUUGGAGACACGCCCAGAACGUGACUGUGGACGAGGUCAUCGGGGCCUACAAGCAGGCCUGCCAGAAGCUGAACUGCAGACAGAUCCCCAAGCUCCUCAGGCAGCUCCAGGAGUUCACAGACCUUGGACAUCGCAUCGACUGUCUGGACCUGAAAGGUGAGAAGCUCGACUAUAAGACCUGCGAGGCCCUGGAAGAGGUCUUCAAGCGGCUGCAGUUCAAGGUCGUGGAUCUGGAACAGACGAACCUGGAUGAAGACGGUGCCUCAGCCCUCUUCGAUAUGAUCGAGUACUACGAGUCAGCCACCCACCUCAAUAUCUCCUUCAACAAGCACAUUGGCACCCGGGGCUGGCAGGCUGCCGCCCACAUGAUGCGCAAGACAAGCUGCCUGCAGUACCUGGACGCCCGCAACACACCCCUGCUGGACCACUCGGCGCCUUUCGUCGCCCGUGCCCUGCGGAUCCGCAGCAGCCUGGCCGUGCUGCACCUGGAGAACGCCAGCCUGUCGGGGCGGCCCCUCAUGCUGCUCGCCACAGCCCUGAAGAUGAACAUGAACCUGCGGGAGCUGUACCUGGCUGACAACAAGCUCAACGGCCUUCAGGACUCAGCCCAGCUAGGCAACCUGCUCAAGUUCAAUUGUUCCCUGCAGAUCCUGGACCUCCGUAACAACCACGUGCUGGACUCAGGUCUGGCCUACAUCUGCGAGGGCCUCAAGGAGCAGCGGAAGGGACUGGUGACCCUGGUGCUGUGGAACAACCAGCUCACGCACACGGGCAUGGCCUUCCUGGGCAUGACGCUGCCUCACACACAGAGCCUGGAGACGCUGAACCUGGGCCACAACCCCAUCGGGAAUGAGGGUGUGCGGAACCUCAAGAACGGCCUCAUUGGCAACCGCAGCGUGCUGCGCCUGGGCCUGGCCUCCACCAAGCUCACGUGCGAGGGCGCAGUGGCAGUCGCAGAGUUCAUCGCCGAGAGCCCCCGCCUGCUGAGACUGGACCUGCGGGAGAACGAGAUCAAGACGGGCGGGCUCAUGGCGCUGUCCUUGGCCCUCAAGGUGAACCACUCCCUGCUGCGCCUGGACCUCGACCGGGAGCCCAAGAAGGAGGCGGUGAAGAGCUUCAUCGAGACGCAGAAGGCGCUCCUCACCGAGAUCCAGAACGGCUGCAAGCGCAACUUCGUGCUGGCGCGGGAGCGGGAGGAGAAGGAGCAGCGGGUGCAGCUGUCGGCCUCCAUGCCCGAGAUCACCGUCACCGAGCCCCAGCCGGACGAGGAGCCCGGGGAGCCGGCGCACGAGCCCGCGGCUGAGGCGCAGGAGAAUGGGGCCCCCGGGCCUGGCCCGGCCUCGGACUCAGACUCAGACUCCGACCAGGAGGAGGAGGAGGAUGGGGAGAGGGCUGAGGCCCCCUGCCCUGCCCUGGUGCCCCCCACGGACUCCCUGGGCCCUGGGGACAGGAGCCCCCCCUCCUCCCCCACCGAGCAGCGCAUUUCCGUGUCCAGCCCCGGCCGGGGCCACAAAGUGUUUGUGGUGACCCGGGUGGAGAGUCCUCCUGAGAAGGCCGACCCCCCUCUGCCACCCCCCCCACCCUCACCCCCCGUGUCUCCUUGUCCUCCCUCCCCCCCUGCCUCAUCUUCCCCGCCCUCCUCACCUGCCCUGCCGCCAGCUGAGGCCGUGGGCACCCAGGACCCAGGGGGGUCUGAGCCUCAGCCACCGCCAGAGCCGCCUCAGUCAGGGCCCCCGCUGCCCAAUGGCCUGAAGCCUGAGUUUGCCCUCGCACUGCCCCCAGAGCCACCCCCAGGGCCCGAGGCCAAGGGGGGCAGCUGUGGCCUGGAACACGAACUGAGCUGCUCCAAGAACGAGAAGGAGCUCGAGGAGCUGCUUCUGGAAGCCAGUCAGGAAUCUGGGCAGGAGACACUGUGACACUUUAGAUCCUUUUUUCCGGUCCGUCUUCGACGAGCUGAGGCCAGAGCCAUGAGAAUCUGUUCACCUCACCCCCAGCCUUCCUGAGGCCCGGGACGCCGGGGGUGUGGGGGGCCCUCCGGGGGCCCCGCCCCCCACAGCAACACUACACGGGGUGCAGGAGGACAGGGAGCGGCCUUCCUACCCUGACUUACGCACUUGUGUUUGUGGGCCCGGCCCCUGAAGACUCCGGGCUGGGGGCGGUGGGACGCUGAGGAGGGAGAGGAGCGGAGUGGGGAGAAGGUGGACGCCGCGGGCACCAGCCGCGGGGCCGGGCACUUUGGCCAGCGGAGGGCGGGAGCCCUGGGUGGUGGCACAAUGGGACCCCGCUGGCCCCAGGCCGAGGCCCGGGCAGGAGGCUUUGUGGGGGCGGUGGUGGU